AUGAAGCUAAAAAAAUCAUCUGAUAAGAAAUAUGUUCCUCUUAGUACCUAUGAGAUUUUGUUUGCUUCUCUCCUUGCAGUUUUUGUGUGUGUAUGUGUUGGACUGAUUGUGCUUUCAUGGUUAUCAGUCAAGGAGUUGGAACAAGUUGAAGCAGAUGUGAAUACUCAUGGCUACAUGGGCAUAUUUAAAAUACUCUCUGGGACAUCAUUCACUCCUGCUUUGCAAAACAGUUCAUCCGCUGAUUUCAAAGUCCUUGCCUUUGAUGUGGAGCAAUUGAUACAGAACAUCUUUCAAGAAAGUGACCUGAAAAACAAAUUUCAAAGAUGUGAAAUUUCCCAGUUCAAGAAAUCUGAAGAUGGCCAGGAAAGAUUCAGGAAGACAGAGACUAGUGUUGCUGUGAUCUUCACCCUGUAUUUCACCCAGAUGGUUACAGCUGAGAAAGUAAAAAAUGAGCUGGUUUUGGGUGUCAACACAAAUAACCCUAAUCCUACACAGACUUUGAAAAUUGAUGUGAACAGCAUACAAGUAACAGGAAAUGAAGAUCGAACUUUCCUCCUUAGGAAUAUCAUAGAGUUUGAUGGACUGGGAAGAGGGUGGGUCAGCAAAAGGAGGGAAGCAGGUUCAGGAGAACUCACCACAAGCAAGUCCUCAACAACUGCUGCCGAGUGUUUGCCCUCUGCUGAACUCUGUGAUGAUGGUGCAACCUGCAUUAGCAAAGAUUUCUUUUGUGAUGGAGUCUUGAACUGCCCAGAUGGUUCAGAUGAGUCUGAAAAAAGAUGUGCAGCAGUUUGUGAUGGAAAAUUCAUGUUGACUGAUUCCUCUGGGUUUUUUCAUUCUAUGAAUUAUCCAAAACCAUAUAAUGCAAACAUCAUUUGCCAAUGGAUAAUACAAGUACCUGAAGGGCUAUCCAUUAAACUGAACUUCACUUCUUUUGAAACACAACAAUAUGCAGACGUAUUGAAUAUUUUUGAAGGCAUAGGACAAAACAAGAUUUUAAGAGCAUCUCUGUCAGGGACCAAUCCUGCUACAACUUAUGUUUUCUCUCAUGAGGCUACAGCACAGUUUAUAUCCGAUUAUUCUGAAAAUUACAAUGGAUUUAAUGCAACAUACACUACAUUUAAUGCAAGCGAACUAAACAAUUAUGAGAAAGUCACUUGCACUUUUGAAGAUGGCUUUUGUUACUGGAUACAAGAUUUAGAUGAUGAUUCAGACUGGGACAGAGUUCAGGGUCCUACCUUUCCUUUUAUGAGUGGUCCUGAUUUUGAUCACACAUUCGGCAACCUGUCAGGAUUUUAUAUUUCAACACCCAUUGGACUUGGAUUUGGAGAAGAGCGAGUCCGGAUACUGAGUUUGCCUUUGGUCUCUUCAGAUACAUAUUGUCUAAGCUUUUGGUAUUUCAUGUACAGUACUAAUGUUUACCGUUUAACAGUUAGCAUAAGUAAUGAGUAUGGUUUGGAAAAAAUAGUGUUUGAAAAAGAAGGAAACUACGGAAACAAUUGGAAUUAUGGACAAGUAACUUUAAAUGAAACAUCUGAUUUUAAGGUGAUUUUUGAUGCCUUUAAAAAACGUGGUCCCAGUGACAUUGCUGUGGAUGACAUUGGCUUAACAAAGGGAAAGUGUAAUGAAAGUGAUUACGUGGAGCCAACUGUGUUGCCAACUGUUCCUACUACUCCUUCAGUUCCUACUGACUGUGGAGGGCCAGUUGAACUCUGGGAGCCAAACAGUACAUUCAGCUCUGAAAACUUUCCAAACAAUUACCCUAAUCAAGCUUCUUGUGUGUGGUACUUAAAUGCUGAAAAUGGAAAAAAUAUUCAACUUCAUUUUCAGGUUUUUGAUCUGGAAAGUAUUAAUGAUGUGGUUGAAAUCAGAGAUGGCAGAGGACCAGAUUCCUUACUUUUGGCUGUCUACACAGAACAAGGCCCAUUGCCAGAUGUGUUCUCUACAACAAACCAGAUGACAGUAAUCCUCCGUACGGACAAGUCUGCAACAAGGAAGGGAUUUCUUGCAAACUUUACUACUGGCUAUCAUCUAAGGUUGCCCCGAGCUUGUACAGUUGAUGAGCAUCAGUGUGGUAGCGGGAAAUGUAUACCAUUGCAUAACCUUUGUGACAAUGUACCUCAUUGUGAAGAUGGCUCCGAUGAAGCAAAGUGCA